AUGGCAGCAUCGCAGGGUUCAAUAUCGAGGAUGCCGUCGAGGUGCACAGCAGAGACGGCUCGGGCCACGGUCGCGUUCGAGAUCGCCGGCUACAGGCUGCUCAAGGGCCACGGUAGAGGCAAAUGCCUCCGUUCUCCAGCAUUCUCCAUCGGCGGCUACGAAUGGCGCAUUCGCUACUACCCCGACGGUAACCAAAGCGAGGCAGCCGAAGGUUACGUCUCCCUCUUCCUCGAGCUCCUUACCGAAAAGGCCGAGGUGAGGGCCACUUUCAACUUCAUGAUUGUGGAGCCGGUUGAGCGGAAGUCGAUUUUGGUGUGCUCCUUCAAAGAGCCACUAGUGUUCGACCCUGAAAGGUCAUCUUGGGGCGUAACAAACUUCAUGAAGACCACCACUGAAGUAGAGUCGGUGUACCUGCGAAACGAUUGUCUCGUGAUCGAGUGCGAAGUCAGUGUUAUCAAGGAAACACUCGAGGUCCACGUUCCACCGUCCCGCCUUGUGGAUAAUCUUGCAAAAUUACUAGAGGGGAAGAAAGGAGCGGACGUGACUUUCAAGGUCCAAGGGGAGGUUUUUUCUGCUCAUAAGGUUUUGCUUGCGACGCAAUCAGCGGUCUUCGACGCGGAGUUCUACGGGCCGAUGGGGGGCAAAGGGGCGCAGGACAUAACUAUAGAUGGCAUGCAGCCUGCUGUUUUCAAGUCAUUUCUUCACUUCAUCUACACGGAUUCAAUGCCUUCCAUGGACGAUCUCGAGGAUGAUGACAAAAGAGAAAUGGUUAAGCACUUACUUGUGGCUGCAGAUAAGUAUGCCAUGGAAAGGAUGAAGCUGAUAUGUGAAGGCAUGCUAUGCAAGAGUCUUGAUGUUGAGAAUGUGGCGACCAUAUUAGCUCUAGCUGACCAGCACAAUUGCAGCAAUCUCAAAGAUGCUUGCAUGGAAUUUAUGCUCUCUUCGAAUAGAAUGAAUGAUGUGAUCGCAAGCCAAGGCUAUGUACAACUCAAGAGAUCUUCGCCUGAUAUCAUUGUGGAUGUAUUGGAGAGAGCAGCUAAGUCCCGCAAAAUUUAG